UGUGUGUGUGUGCGGGGUGUGUGUGUGUGUAUAUUUCAUAUAUAUCUUUCAUCGUAUACAACGCAUAUGAUUGGCUAAAAUAUCGAAUGGAUACUAAUUUGGUAAGUUUAUCAAUUUCUCAAUAUAUUUAACAUUUGUUAUCAAAAGCUUUACAAACCGGUAAACACAACUUUGAUUUGAUAUUGCCUUUUUAUGUUUAAAAACAAACCUGUAUUGGCUGCGUCUAUAAAACCGCAUGCCACUUUGAUUCUGCAGAUAUAUUGGUGAUUGAAGACAAAAUGAAUAAUAUGCGAUAGAAUAGUUCGAUGUAUGAUUUCCACGGUAUAGAUAUUUGAAUUUGUUUUAUAUAAUAAUACACAAAAAUGGGAUUUCCUAAUAUAUUGACGUUGUUUUUAGCAAAUUUGUAUAUAAUAAGUGGUUUAUCCAUUCAGGAGAAUAGCAAUCGUGUUGAAGCUAUCGAAGGCGAAAGAGCCAAACUGUCGUGCCUUGUUCAAGACAUACAAUAUACUCAUAGUAUAUCUUGGUGGAAAGACAAUAUUAAAGUCAGCAGUGAUGAGAUUAUUCUGAUAGAAGAUGACAGAUAUAUCAGCUUAUUCUUAGAAAACUCAUAUGCAUUGAUCAUUACCAGUACGGAAAAUAUAGACAGUGGAGACUAUCAGUGCAAAAUCUAUGAUAAAACUACUGAGAACCUGCUGUUAUCAUCCGGUAAUAUUUAUCUUUCAAUCCUACAAGUACCUAAUAUAAAAUAUCCUGAAUGUUCUACUAUUCAACAAGAAAACCUUAGAGCUGGAUAUGAAGUAAUUUUGAUGUGCAUCAGUGAGGUAAUUAAUCCACCAGUUGUGCUAUCGUGGUUUAAAAAUGGAAUUCCUGUCAACACACAAGAUGUAACCACAAAAAAGUUGAAUGGUUUAGUUCAUACUAGUUACACAUUCAUUGCAUCUAAACAAGAUAAUACUGCAUCAUUUGAGUGCCAACAGUCUUCACAGCUACGUCCAAAUAAUUACUCUAAUUGUGUUAUAACCACACUGGAUGUAAAAUACAAACCGUCGAUCUCCAUCCAACACACACGUGAUAUACUCGCCGGGAGUGACUCCAUUUUGUUUUGUCAAUCCAAUUCAAAUCCCCCAGUGACUGACUACAGAUGGACAUUUGAGCCAGAGCUUCAAUGGUCUGAGUACGAAAUUGACGGGCAGGUACUAAGACUUCUAAAGGUUUCUCUAUCUCGAAAUGCUACAAUCAUAAAAUGUUUAGUUAAAAAUGAGGUUGGUGAAGCAGUCGAUACAACAAUUAUUUUUGUAUCAAAUGAGAAAAUGUUUACCAAGGGGAAUUUAGAAGGUGACAGAAAACAAGACGGCAAUAAUUUAAUUUCCGAUGAAACAAAUUCUACCACACUAUCUAUAACCACUGUUAUCAUUGUUGUAGUAAUACUUGGAGCUAUUCUUGUUAUUUUGAUAAUAAUACCUGUGUAUUACCAUUGUAUCUGUAAACAAAAUAUACCAGUUGAUGCAUCUGGUAGGGAAAUACACCAGCCUUCUGUGUACUAUGACACUAGAGAUUAUGUCUCAAGCGGUCUCUACGACCGAUCAUUACCUCGUUUACCGAACACUGGACAUUAUGGCCACUGGAGACACUCAUUUGCCUCUCAGGUUCCUGAAGAUCUUGAUCAACAAGGGUAUAUGUUCAUAGAGGAACGGAACGGACAGAAUACCUUAUAGGGUACAGAGGCAUGACAGUAUAUAUCUA